AAACUAUCUGAAAACGCAUUUCAAUCAACACACACACACACACACGUACAGAAGAGGAGUCCAAUCAAUCCAAUCGGUAAACAAACGAGCGCAGGCGUCAUUGAAAUCCACACCAUGAAGUGCUGCGUAAUUAUUACGAUGCUGAUGCUGCUGUCAAUUGCACAGCACAUCGCCACCGUCGAGGUGCACUUUGAGGCGCCGGACAGCGGUUUCUUUCUGAAGCACGCCAGGCAACCACCUGUGACGCCGGAGAUUGCAAACGUGCAAUCGCCAUCGAUGGGCUCGAUGGCAUCAUCAUCAUCAAAGGCACGCUCCUCGUACGAUUCGGUGUUAUCGCUGGAUCGCUUCACCGUCGUGGAGACAACACAGCCCGUCUCCAUACGCGCCAGCUACGGUCCGUUCUCCACCAAGCAAACGGUGCCCGCACGCUACAUUGUGCCGGACACAAUGGACAACAACAAUAACAACAAUAAUAAUAAUGGACAAGCAGGCGAUUAUGUGAACAACUCAACGGCCACGCUGCUCGAACUGCAGCAGCCCAAUAUGCAUCUGGAUAUAUCGGCGCAUUUGGUGCGUGGCAGCGUUUCGCAGGAUUCACCAGUGCUGCGCGUCCUCUUCCAUGCCGGCGCCGAUCCGGGCGGCCAUAUGCAGCGGCAGAAGGUGUGCGUCCUGCUGCACGUGUCCAUGGGCAAUGAGCAGCCGCUCAAGGGCCGUUGUAUGCCCGAGGGCGAGGAUGGUGUCUGCGUUGCCGAGGUGGUCAUUCCACUCGGCUGGUGGCCACCGCUACCAGCGCCAUAUCAUACCAGGGAGAGCAUCAGUAGCAGCGGUGGUGCCGGCGGCGGCGUUGGGUCUUCAUUGCCACCAAAAGUGCCGCAGCGAUAUGCUCAGGUCUCGUACAGUGUGUUCGAGCCACCGCUGCGCAAUCCGGAACAGUGUGAGCCCAAGGUACAAAUCCAACCGUUGACGACAUUUGCCCAGGUGCCAUUGAUGGCGCCCAAGACGGCGUUCAAGGAGCUGCGCGCCGACGAUUCGGUUACAUUCCUCCUGCCCCAGCAUCCCCUGUAUCCCAUGUCCAAGCUGCAUGUGCCCGUCUUUCUGCAUCAGUAUGCAGAUCAGGAGCAGCGUAUCGCCGCAUUGACGGUGCGCGCCCGUGUCAAGGCCGGUCUGCGGAUCAUUGGCGCCAGCGCCUCCAGCGAUCAGUGGAGCAUCAGCAUUGAGAAGGAGAAUCCCAAGCAUACCACAGCCCGAGUGACCGCUUUUCGUAAGGAUGCCGACACCCCCUCAUCGGCCGGUGCAUCAUCCAGCAUGGAGAGCAGAGGCAACUACAGCAGCAGCAGCAUCUUGACCAAUGAAGUACAUGAGAUCUUCUCGUGGCUGCUCGAGGUGGCCGACGAUAGCAAUGACAUUAUGGAUGGUGGCAAGAUCGUGUGGUCCGUCACCCACAUCUAUGAGGCGCCCAAGGACAAGGACUCCGCUGAGGUGAUGGCCUCCGAUGAUUCGAAGAAACGUUUAAUUGCCAAACUGGAGAUUAACAAGGAUGACAUACAAGCGGUGCUGCCCAUGGCCAAGAUCUGGGAGGUGAUGAACACAGCGGUCCUAACUGGCCGACAGGUAGCCCAAGCCAUGAAGGUCUUCAUUGUCUCGCAGGCGGGCAAAGUGGCCGAUGUAACCCUGCAAAGCUCCUGCCAUGCCGAGGACGAGAGUGUCAUCAAGGUAUCCUCGUCGUGCAGCUCCGUUUAUGUUGAUGGGUCGGAGCAGCGGGGCUCAUCGAAUGCUUCGGUUAUUGUCAAGUAUGGCACCUAUGUGGGCGUGGCCAAGUUCAUUGUGUGGAUGCCCGAAUUUCCGCUCGAGGUUUACAUAGCCGAUUUUCGACUAUCCCAAAUAAAGGGCUGGAAAGUCAACGACGACAAUCAUUAUCUCAGCAAUAAACAGUCGCGUCGCCGCAAGAAGCGCUCGUAUGUGUGGAGCCAGCACGGAACCAGCUACUACAACAAUGUGGGCGCCGAUAAGAGCAUCUGUCGCGCCCGCUAUCAGCAGAGUCCCGUCGAGGUCUAUGCCAAGUUUUUGGCCAUCGAUCAGAACUCGGGACGCAUUAGUUACUUCAUUUCACGGCGCACUGGACUGCGGGUUACGGAUCUGGUGCAGCCGCUGUUGCGUGUGGCUGAUCCGAAGAUAGCAUCGCUCAAGGGCCGCAUACUGCAGGGCAAGUCAAUGGGACGCACCGAUGUCCAGGUGCUGUCACCGAUAACUGGACGUGUCAUUGGCACAAAAGAGAUACGCGUCGGCAGCGACAAGGUCAACCUAAACAAACUGAUUGUGCGCGUCAUAUCCGGCCUGCAGUUGACCAUCACACCAGAGAACGCUAUCGAGAAUGGCUAUUUGGCGGAGACAUCCGUUACGCACAAACUGACGGCACAAUACCAGGAGGGUCUGCUCGACAUUGAUCUGGCAUUCAACGAUGGCUCCAAGACACCGUUGCGUGAUAUUGCUGUGGAGGACUAUAUUCUGCUGGUGGAGAGCCUGGACACGGAGGUGGUGGCCUUUGCCCCAAUGCUGGCCUCGCAUCAUCCGCGUGUCAUCGCCGUUGGUGAGGGCAAUGGUAAUCUGUUGCGUGUCACGCUGCUCCUCUCCGAUGAAUGCCGGAUGCGACGCGGUCCAGGAGCCAGCUCCUCAUCAUCCUCAUCCAGUGGCAAGCAAAACAAACCGAAUGCGGCGCCGCUCGCCAGCGCUUUGGCCUCCAUUGAGGUGGACUUUAACAAUGCGGACAUUGUCAGCAAGCAGGAGUCCAUCCAGAACGAUGGCACCGUGGGACGCGAGCGCAAAAACUAUCGCACUAGCGGAGAUUUGGCAGAUAUUAUUGUUGGAAUACCACUGCGCGACUCGAGUCAACAGUACGAGCCGACUGUGCAGGCACGACAGCAUCGGGCAAGCAUCCAGGCGGUGCACAAGACGCACUACGGCAACAGGGCAAGUGGUUUUGGCAGCGGCAACAUGUCAUCCAUGGAGCUGGGCAUGUAUGUGCUCCUGACGGCCUUCUGCUUUGCCAUCAUUGUGUUUGUCAUCUCGUGUGUGGUUUACGCCUCCAAAUUUCGACCAGUCAUGAUCGAAUCUGGCCUGGAUCCCCUCACCGGUGCCGGUAAGGGCAAUGCAAAUGGCGGCGUUGGUGGAUUUCGUGAUGUACGCCUCAAGGAGUCUACGACGAAUGCUCACGACUGGGUCUGGCUGGGACGCUCGACCAUUGACAGGCAAUCGGUCGCCCAGCAACAGCAUCAACAUGUUAAUGCUCGCGAUUCGCGCAUGCGCAUCACCAGCAAUCCCAUAAUUAACUAUGACAACGGCAGGCGCAUCAGCUCAUUUGAUCAGCAGCAGCCCAAGCUGCAGACGCACAUUGUGCCCGCUUCCAAUCUGCACAAGCUGCAUGCCGAUCACUAUGUGGCCAACGAUCGCAAGGAAGGCAAUGCUCUGGACUAUAAGCCGCCGGUGCCGCCACAUCGUAAUGUGGGCACACGCGCCAUGUUGCCGCCACAGCUACCGCAGACAGCUCCAGGCAAGGAUAAGGAAAUGAUUAACAAACGGCACAGUCAGAGCUACAAACGCGAGCAACAGCUGCACAGCGAUAACAACAACCCAGCACAACAGCAGCAACAACAACAGCAGCAGCAACAACAACAUCAGCAGCAGCAGCAGCCAGAACGUCAACAUCAACGCAGUCACAGUCAUAGCCACAAUUUAAUCCAAGAGCCAGCGCUGAGGUCGGCGCACUUGAAGCUCAAGCAACUGCAACUGCAACAGCAGCAACAACAGCAGCAGCAGCAGCUGCAGCAACAACAGCAGCUGCAGCAGCAGCACGAGGAGCUGCACAAUGCUGAGAAGCUAGUGGAGUACACAAAUCCGCAUCAGAAGAAUGCCUUUCAAUUCGAUUCGCUCACACCAAAGAGAGUAACCAAAGCAGCUGCUGUGGCAGCCACAACUACAUCAUUGGCAGCAGCCCCAGCAUCGCCGGCCAUAACACAAAUAAAAGAGAAUCACAACCACAGCAUAUUGAGCAUCGUGGCGGAUGCGGCCAAUUCGAAUGCCACCGAUGAGAUUGUCCGCCUGCCGACACCACCGGGCCACGCUGCCAACACCACCAUCACCAAUAGCAACAAUAGCAACAAAAACACAACCGCAACCACCAUCAGCAGCGAGCCAACAACGAAAUCGUCGCGCAUCAAGCGUGCCACAGUCGUUGGCAACCCGAUGUUCUCGGCCACCGUGGACGAUACGGCACCCGGCGAGCGUCUGGGUCUCGACGAUCUGGACAUGGACUACGAACAGAUCAUGCACUAUUUUGAUAACCUAAAGGAAUCAAAUGCCUGAGUACAAGAGAUCAUUGCUAAAAUUCGCGAGAUAUUGUCAACAUUUCAUCAACG